AUGACUCCUACAAAAGUUUCCGAUGAGAUAUUUCCAAUCACAACGUUUAUUUCGGAGCUACCGACCAGUUUCGUUCCGCAGUCCCUCCCAUCAUCUUCCGAAAAUGGCCCUGUCAGCCGGCGCUUGGUCAUUGUAGGCGAUGUGCAUGGGAUGCGAAAAUCCUUGGAGGCACUCCUAGACAAAGUUGGUUUCGAGAAACGCAACGGAGAUCAUCUAAUACUAGCUGGCGACCUAGUCAGUAAAGGGCCCGAUAGCCCUGGUGUUGUUGAUCUGGCUAUGAAGUUAGGCGCCACCGCAGUGAGAGGCAACCAUGACAAUGCUGUUAUUAAUGCGGCCGCGGAGAUCAGAGCCACAAAGGAUAGUCUACUACAAUCUGGAGGCUUGACGGGUAGUCCGGCCCUACCAGAAACCCCCGAAGCUGAUGUGCUCGGGAAUACUGUCCAAGAUCCCGAGGUCCCUGACAAAGACGCAUCAGCUACCACCGGGGCAAGUAGGAAACAUAGCGCAGCAACGUAUACUACAGCAUCGGCACUUUCGACCCGUCAGCUCGACUGGCUUGCCGCUUUGCCGUUGAUCUUGCGCAUCAAGCUACCUCCUAACUUGACAUCCUCCUUCGGCGAUACUUUAAUUGUUGUACAUGCGGGCCUCGUUCCUGGUAUCCCACUUGAAGCGCAGGAUCCACACGCUAUCAUGCAUAUGCGAUCCCUCGUCCGCACAUCUGGUGAGGAGAGCGAAUUCAAACCUGCUGAAACCUUCGGGGAAGAAGGCUGGGCUAUGGAAUGGGACCGAUGGCAAGAUAAGCUAGCAUCCAAGACUACUGUGAUAUUCGGACACGAUGCAAAGCGUCGUUUGCAACUGGGAAGGUAUACCAUCGGACUGGAUUCAGCGUGUUUAUACGGCCAUCGGUUAAGCGCGCUUGUGAUUACGGGUUGCGAUGGAGAAAUCAAGCACCAGGUUAUUCAAGUCGAAUGUGCUGAUGAGCCUGUAGUGGGAGGAGUAAAGCAUGGGGAAGAUCUGGCGGUUUCUGAGUGGGAGGCGAUCCUUGCCGACUUACAGGAAGCAGACCUCAGCCCCAGUAGAGUACUUUAUGUUAUACAGCCAGUGAUCGAUCAGGCAGAAACAGAGAUGUUUUUAGAUGAGGAAAUGAAGGUGCAGCGAUGCCGACUAGUCGGCACGUAUCACAGUGUACAUGGCGACUUCUCUGUACUAGGGGCGUGGAGGAUCGGCAUGUCAAAUAAGAGAAUUACUAAUAUGGCGAAUGGACGGGCCAGGAAGUUGGGAAGCAUGGUUUUGAACAAGGACUAG